AUGUCGUCCGAAGCCAGACUAUACACCUUCUCGCAGGAGAGUAAAGAUCACUUGCGCAAGUUCCGACUGGGCACCUCCCGAGCGAACGACCCCCAAGCCGUAAUCUAUUUGGUAGACAAGAAUACACUGGAAAUCAAGCAGGACGAUGACAAGACGGUAUACAACAACCUGCAGGAUAUUGCGGAUGACCUGCCAGACCACUCUCCAAGAUUCGUCUUGCUGAGUUACCCAUUAACACUGCCCUCCGGACGGAUGUCAGUACCCUACGUACUGCUCUACUACCUUCCAGUUACAUGCAACGCCACAUUAAGGAUGUUAUAUUCGAGUUCAGUAGAAUUAAUGAGGAAUACGGCGGAAGUGGGCAAGGUUAUUGAAAUUGAGUCGGCGGAAGAACUGGAGGAUUUACCUAAGAAGCUAGGUGCGGAAUGA